GGCGUGUAUACGAAUCCCCUGAGUCUGUACGGUCACGUGUCGCGUGAUUGAGGACCCAUGUGGCAUCUGCGCUGGGAUUCCUGACAAUGCUGCCCGGACUCGGUGAGAAAUACGCGGAUGUCGCGACGGCCAUCUCGGAGCAGGGCAAUAAGCAUGUCAUUGGGGUGGUGGUUGAUGUGUUUGGAGGCAUAUGGAAAACCAAGAACAAGUCCAGCAGCAUCACGUUUACCAUCAAAGACCGGGAUCUGAAUAACGGGCAUACAUGGGAUGGCCUGAGAAUCAAGUACUUCAGUGGCAACGAGAGCCAGCUGCCCCCCGUCGAACUAGGCGACGUAGUGCUUUUGAAAAAUCUCUAUAUUCGGUCCCUGAACGGGAAGCCGAUGGGCGUCGCUGCUGAGCAGAAGACAAUCCCAUGGGCCAUUUGGCGUGAUGACCCGGAUCCCAAUUCGCGAGGGGCCCCCAUCACCGGGCCAUCUCCCUGGGAGCCAUAUCCUUCAGAGAGUAAAUAUGCAAGAGGUCUACUAGCUAAAUCUACCGGUGCCGAGGGCGCCCACGGCGCCAAGGGCUUUCGCGAUGAGGGCGCCGAGCGUAUUGCUGCCCCUCGAUCCCACACAGUGGUUAACGCUUCAAUGGAGAGAUCCAAAACCGUCAAAAGCUUUUCUCUCAUCAGGGAGGUUGAAGAGCGCAUGUACACAAGUCUUGUCGUGGAGAUUCUGGGAAUCAUCCCCAAUGGCCACGAGAGGGCUCUUGUCUACGUUACAGACUAUACGGCUAACGAGGGCCUGCCUAGCUAUGAGUACGAUGAAGAGGCCGGGAGGGAAGGGGACGAGUUCAACUAUCAGGGACGGCCGAAGCCUGCCAAAGGCCCAUCGAAAAUGACCAUCCAAGUGACCCUGUGGGAGCCGCACUCUAGCUUUGCACAGAACAAUCUCAAAAAGAACGAUCUUGUUUUGUUGAGCAAUGUUCAAAUCAAGCGGAGCCGGGUCGUCGGUGGAUGUCUGGAAGCCAGCAUCUCCGGCAACCGGAAUGAUCCCCGUGCGGUCAAUGUCGAAAAGGUAGAUGCUACGAGUGACGAACACGCCCAGGAACUCGUCAAACGAAGAGAAGAGUACCUUGAAAAGCAUCCGGAAAAAAGGAAACUCGAAGACACGGACGACCCAGCGAAAAGCACGAAAAAACGGAACCGACCUGUGACGAAAGCAAAAGACACCAAACGGGAAGAAGGCCAAGGGAUCCUCCCCACCAGCUUUCGCAAUCAACUGAAUGACAAAAUCCAAGCAUCCCACCGACACAGACCCAACCGGACCAUCGAAGCAAUCCUCGACAAAGACUCCCACAACAACGCUUCCCCCGACCAAAUCGAGUACCGCCUACCCUUCCAGAACCUCAGCUACCGGACGAACGUCAAAGUAGUCGAUUUCUUCCCCCCAAACCUCGCAGACUUCGCCGUGCCGGAAGAAAAAGCAGAAAACACCCUGGACGCAUCCCCAGGGCAAACCAACGGCGACCGCGUCACAAACUGGGAGUGGCGCUUCUGCCUCCUCGUCGAAGGCGCAGAGCCUGUUCCCCGAGGGACGCAACGGGAACAGAUGAAGCUCUUCGUCGCGGGUCCGGACGCGGUUCAUUUUUUGCAGCUUGAUGCAGCGGACCUACGGAAAUUCCCCCAAAGACUGUCCGAGCUCAAAGAAAGACUCUUCUACGUCUGGGGAAACCUGGAAGAGCGCAAGUCCGGGAUCUCCCCAGAUCGGCUCUCGCAACGGCCCUUCGAGUGUUGCAUUCAAGAGUACGGUGUCCGGUGCUCUCACACUCUUCCCGACGAGCGCGAGCUCGGCUGUAGCCUGGCAGACUGCUUCGGGUGGGAGAGGCGUUUUGGCAUAUUCGGAACAACUAUCCAGUGGGAGAAAUGAUUUCUGUAUUUGUUAUACCCCUUGGCGUUAGUUUAAAUGUUUU